CGGUGAAUCCAAAUCCCGGCAAGAUGGCGCACGUCACUGGAAAUUGGAACCCACUGGGCGAUGUGUUUUAUAGGAAAGUGGAACUGUAUUCUAUGGACAGACUAUGGCAGGAGGUUGCAGAUCUUAGGAAGUUCAAGGUUGCUGUAGCUCCAUUUGGAGGACCUAUUGCUCUGAUGAGAGACAGUAGUAAGAUUACCCAGGUCAGGGGUUCAUCUCAUAUAGUCAUCUUUAUCUUCUCAGCCGCAGGAAAAGAAAUAUCUAGAAUCAAUUGGAAUAGUGGUAAUGUGAUUCACAUUGGCUGGUCUUUAUCAGAAGAUCUUCUCUGUACCCAAGAUGAUGGCACUGUCCUUGUCUAUGACAUCUUUGGAAAAUACCAAAGGAACUUCAAUAUGGGACAGGAAUCAAGAGAAUCAAAGGUUAUUGAAUGCAAAGUGUUUCAUAACACAUCAUAUGGAGGAACCGGUGUUGCAGUCCUGACAGGAACCUACAGGAUUUAUGUAGUAAAUGAUGUACAUAAUCCUACUAGCAGAAAGAUGAUGGAAGUGCCAGGACUAGAUGCCCCACCGAGCAGCUGGUGUGUAAUAGGGGGUGACAGACAGAAUCAUAUCCUCCUAGCAAGAGACAAACGUCUUUACAAGCUAGACCGGAGUGACAUGCAGCAGGAGUUAUUGGAAACCAAGACUAAAGAAGUGAAUGCUUUCAUUGAGAUGGCUGUGUCAUUUGACAAUCGUUUUCUAGCUUUAUUCAGUGAUACAGGUCUACUUUGGAUAGGGUCUUCUGAUUUGCAGAAAACCUAUUGUGAGUUUGAUACAAGUAGUCAGAUGCGUCCCAGACAGCUGGUAUGGUGUGGUACUGGUGCUGUGGUGGGAUACUGGGAGAACCUUCUUCUAGUGAUCGGACCACAGAAGGAUUGGAUCAAAUAUAACAUGGAUACUGAUGCCAUUCUAAUCCCAGAGAGUGAUAGUCUACAUAUCCUCCAGACCCACACACAUGAAUUGCUUCAAAGAGUACCAGGUGUUGUUGAGGACAUUUUCAAGAUUGGUUCAAUGGCUCCAGGUGCUAUGCUCUAUGAGGCUUGUAGGGAGUUUCAGAAAGAAAGUCAGAAAGCUGAUGAGUAUAUCCGUAUGAUCAAAGAUCAGUUGAGUUUAGCAGUUGAACAGUGUAUAGAAGCGGCAGGAGCGGAGUAUGAACCAACUGUACAGAAAUUACUACUCAGGGCGGCCUCAUUUGGAAAGUGCUUUGGGACUAAUGUGAACGCAGACAAGUUUGUGAAUAUGUGCAAACUACUAAGAGUGCUGAAUGCAGUUAGAGAUUAUCAGAUUGGAAUUCCACUCACAUAUGAACAACUCAAGAAAUUAACAUUGAAUGUACUUAUGGACAGAUUAAUCUUGAGAAGACAAUGGGCUUUGGCACAGCAGAUCAGUCAGUAUCUAAAGCUACCUGAAUCAGAUGGUGAAAGCAGGAUAUUAGGCCACUGGGCUUGUUAUAAGGUUGAACAAAAACACAUUCCAGAUGAGCUGAUAGCACAGAGCAUCAAGGAAAAGCUUGGUGAUACACCAGGCAUUGCUUAUUCAGAGAUUGCUAAGAAAGCAUCAGAAUGUGGAAGAACACAACUAGCUGUCAAGUUAUUGGAGUAUGAGCCAAGAGCAGCAGAACAGGUACCACUGUUGAUGACAAUGAGAGAUAGUCGGACAUCACUUAAGAAAGCUAUUGAGAGUGGAGAUACAGAUUUAGUAUACAUGGUUCUGCUUCAGUUAAAAGAAGAUCUACCCCGAGGUGAAUUCUUGAUGAUGCUAAGGAACCACCCUCAGGCUCAGGACCUCUUUAUGCAGCUGUGUCGAGAGCAACAUCCCAACCUCCUCCUAGAUCUGUAUAAUCAGAAUGAUAACUUCCAAGAACUGGCCAACACUGCUGUUAGAGAUAGUCUGAAUGAGAAGGAUUUACAGAAGAGGUUAUCCCAUUUGAAUGCAGCUCAAGAUAACUACAAGAAAGCUGCUAAUGAUUUCUCUAUGAAGGCAACAGAGGAAGAGAUCAAGUUAUUAGGUUACCAGAUGAGGAUGCAAGAGCAGUAUAGAGAACAAUUCCUUUACCUUUCACUCCAUGAUACCAUCCAUAAACUCAUUGCUAAGAACCUUGGUAAGAUGGCUGAACAACUCAGAAAAGAAUUCAAAGUUCCAGAUAAGAGAUUCUGGUGGUUGAAGAUUGAUGCCUUAGCAGGGGCAGGAGAAUGGAUAGAACUUGAAAGGUUUGCUAAAAGCAAGAAAUCACCCAUUGGGUAUGAGCCAUUUGUAGAGGUGUGUAUGAAAUAUCACCAGAAGUAUGAAGCUAACAAGUAUGCUGCCAAGGUUACUCCUGAACAUAGAGUUAAGAUGUACAUUAGAAUGGGAACUCUUGAUGAAGCUGCAGAACUAGCAUUCCAACAAAAAAGUGAGGAAGAUCUUAAUCUGGUUUUAAGAAAUUGUGCUGGUAACAGACAACUCUCAGCUAAGAUUAACACCAUGAAGCAACAACUUGGCAAGAAAUAAACUCAAUCAAAGAGGUGCAAGCCAUUUUCAGAUUUUUUUAUUACAGUGUUCAUAAUUUGGUUACUAUCAGAGUGCAAUACUGCUGUUCAUCACUUAGUGGUUAUUUAACGCCAUCCUACGACCUCCAGCUUUGCAGCCAAUGGGAUAAUAUAUAUAUUGCAUUUGAGAAUAGAAUGCGGUCUCAAAUUUCAGGUUUGGAUUAUGAUGAUGUGAAGGUGGUUAGUAUCUUUGUCCAGGACUUUAAAUAAAAAUCAGUGAUUCAACCUGCAAUUCAAUCAUAAUUGCAAUUCUUUACAGCCAGAGUUUUAUUAGCCAGAUGAUCAUUUAUUCUUCGAGUUAUCUACAAUGUCACAAUUAGGGUACUACCAUGUCAUUAAGAAUUCUUCUGGCAAGCAAGUUCUUAGUGUCCUGCAUGCCACUGUGUUGUGCCUUACACAUGGUCAGUCUGCUGGCUGCACUCAAGCAACCAAUGUUUGGUGAGCCUUGGUUAUUUGUUUCCUUUAAAGUUAGUCAAUGACUUCCAUUUUGUCUAAAACUUCAGAUAUUAUUGAUUAUACAAGAGAUACAGUGUACCUCUUUUUCCAUCAGAAGGAAAAAAUGUUUGAUUUUAACAAAGUUCAUUAAUCACUCUAAGAUUAAAGGUAACCCCAUGCAAACACGAAUACUACAUUUUGAAGACCUUCAUAACUUGUAAUCAUAGUUGAAUUAUUUUUUUUUUGUCCUUUGUACUUUUAUCUUUAUUAUUUAAUAUUACCUGAUCAAAAUUUUUAUAGAGCUUUCAAACAUAAUGUUGAAUCAGCAUUUUUUUUCUUUUACUUAUUUUGUUUGAAUCAUGAAGGAUCAUCUAAGAAAAUUUGUUUAUAUAUCUUUAGGAGAUAUUUCAGACAGACUAUUUCAAUAUAGGAAAUAUAAAUGGCAAUGUGAUCAAGGGUAAUGACAUUAUUAAAGAGCCAUGCCAGUAUCGCUGUUAUUGGUGGUGAUGGUGUUCAGGGGCUGACUGAUACAGGAUUUGUACAGAAAAAGUUUGAAAAGCAAAAACAAAAAAAAAUGGUCCUCACUUCUCAUAUGCAUGACAUAUAUUCCCCUAAAAAUUAUUUUGUAUGCCUCUCAAGGGGGGGGGGCACAGGCCAGAUGUGCCCUUACCUGUAUCCACCCAGGAUGAUGUCGUUUACACUGUUGAUGUGCUCGUCAAAGGAUAGAUGAAUGAAAUCAUUUAUUAAAUUUCCUUCUGUGUUUAAUGAUUUGUCAACCUAGUAAUAUCUAACAUAUCUCAGAAAAUGAGAAGUAAAAGUUAUGCAUAUUUCAUGAAGAUUGACCAAGGAAAUUCUUUACCCUCUAAUCUCUGAUCUUGGCUAAAGUAGUGUUUGAUCAUUUGAUUUUCAAUAUUCCAGUAAAAAAACAAGGAUUUGGUUGAAGAAAGUAAAUAGAAAGUGAAAGAAACCUCAUAUGAGGUUAAUCUUCAACAUCAUGUCUGUGUCUUAUGAAAUUGAUAUUUUCCCUACAACCCUCUCAUAAAUUGUUUUCAAUCUUGCCACAAUGUAUGUUUACACCCAUGGGAACUAAUGCAUGAUGUGCUUGGUACCAAUUGAUUGUUCAAAAGACAUCAAAUUGCUUUUAUACCCCCUUGAUAUACAAUUUUGUGUAUGUUUUUAGAUAAAGAACAACUUUGCUUGACCAUUCCACAUUAUGCAAAACUAUGAACUGAAUGUCUUGAAAAUGAGUGUGCAAUAUGAAGUGAACUAUCAAAAUAACAAAGAAUAUUUGUUUACACAAAUAAGGAUCAAGAUGUGUAUCAUUUUCAUCAAACACCAUCCCAAAUGAAUGUGAAGCUUGAUUCCAUUGUACAGUAGCAUCUUACAAUAUGGGAUUGAUGGAAAUAAUCAUUGUGAGCUAUCAAACUUUCACUCUUAUCUUUGGAAUUAAUGUCAUUAAAGAUAGUCUACUGCAAGGGACUGCUAUCCUAAUGACAGCUGAAAUGGUCGUGCUGUCCAUUUAUGUGCACAGUCAAACCUGUCUUAGUGACCUUUCAUCUAUCAUAAAAACCUGUUAGUUGCCACCAAAAUUAUCCUAAUUUGAAAGGAGUAUGUGUUAUAGUACCUGUCUAAAGGCCACCUGUCUCCAGGGACCAUUUUUUUCUGUUUCCCUUGCAUGGCCUUAAUACACAGGUUUUACUGUAAUUCCAUGCAUGAUUCAGUUUUACCCUAGGAGAAAUAGACUUUGUGUGUAGAGGGUGUAAAACAAUGCAGUAUAAUAUAAGAACAAUUACAUCUCAGUACACAUUGAUGUUGGCAAUUGUACAUUGUUAACUAAACUUGGACAGAGAUAAUUGUAGUUGAAAAAUUAAUUUUGUACUUACUAUUUAGAGAUCUCUUCUUAUGACCAUAUUCCUUCAAUGUGAAUGAACUGGUAAUCAAAUAUUUGUCACAGUGUUUUGUUUUUGGUUGCAUCUCUCUCAUCCAGCUUUGAAAAAAAUAUUGCAUUUUCAAUGCGUAAUAUGUGUAUUGAUUUGAAUUGUAAACAAUCAAACACAGUAAAAAUGUAUUGUGUUUUUUCUAUGACAUUAUGUAUUAAAGGAAAUAUAUUGUACAAAUCUUA